AUGGCCAUGGAGCCGGCCCGGGGACAGCACCGUGCGCCGCGGGGGUCGCUCCUCUGGACCCGGGGCGCGCCGCUGCUGCUGCUCGGACUCGCGCUGCUUCAAGCGUUCCAGAGUGCGGCCGUGGCGGCGGCAGGAGGAGGCGGCUUCGGACCGGGUCAGGACGUCCCACCGCCGCGCUUCUCCUCCUCCCUCCCCACCUACCUCCCGGCGCAGUGCCAGCUGAACGGGGCAGAGUCCGCCUUCUUCCUGCGAGAGGCCAAUCAGGAGGUGAUGAGGAACGGCAGCCUGUCGUCGCGCUCGGAGCCGUUCUUCCUGCACCAGCUGGAGGCGGGCGUGAGCGCGCCCCACGCCCUGCCCACCGUCAACUGCAGCUACGCCAACCUGAGCGCCGAACAGCCCAUCCCCGUGGAGCUGCUGCAGGGAGCCCCGCCUCAUCUCAGCCUCGUGACCAAUCAAGUGACGCUCAACUGGAGGGUGAAAGGUCACAUCGUGAUGUCGAAAGUGGGAUCCACGCGGCCAUGGAUACAGGUCCUGUUCUACCUGGUGGGACGGCGCUGGGACGAGCCCGAACGCAUCCCCCUGAACCUCCUCCCGUGCGUUCGCGCCGUGGCCGUGCGAGACCCCACCGACUCCUCCCCCUCCUCGGGCUGCCGGCUGCUGGGAUCAUCUGGCCUGUGCGUGGUGCGUCUGGAGAUCCCCCCGGCUUGGUUCACACCUCCGAUAGUGCGAAGACGUCCUCCCGAAGUCUCCCUCCCCUCGGUGGACAUCUACUACACCAUCAUCCCGGCGGACGGCUUAGGCCCAGAAUGCCCUUCCGUCGUGAACGAGCCGUGGAAAAGCCCGAACGUGGGGCCGCUUGGGGGGCUAGGGCUGGGCCUGGGGGGACAGUGGAGCCCUCUGGUGGAAGGAGGACUGCAGGACUUUCAGAAGAUUGGCUCUGUUGCGUUGUCCGUGGGGCCUGUCGCGGCUAAAGGAGACAGAUUGAGGCUGGAUGAGAAUGUGGAGAUUGUGGUGCCGCCCAGUCCCAUUCGGCUCGGACGGAUGGUGUCAUUCGGCGUUUUCAUGAAGACAGAUUCCGCCGUGGAACAGUUCACGCUCAGGGUGUGGUUCCAGUCGGGCAUCAGUUUCCUGGCGGUGAAGCCGAGUAACCUGGGAGCGUGGGAGAUCAAACAGGAAAUGACACCAGGAAGCAGUUCUUUAGCGGUGAUGUGCCAGAGAAAAGCCUCCUCCGCCGCGGAAAGGUUGGACUCUCCGUCGUAUGAAGUGAUGCAGCUGGAGUUCGAGGUGGAGAACGUCAUCACCCAGGUCCCCACCCAGACCCUGCACUGGAACACAGAGUACCCCACAGACACCCCGGCAACCGCCCGGCAACCAGAGAAAGUGUCUCAUCUGUACAUCAUCGACGCAGAUAUACAGGGCAUAGUACCACUGACCGAGGACACAGAGGUGGUGAACACGGCCAUCCUCACCGGUCGUCCCGUGGUGGUGCCCAUCAAGCUGGUUACCGUGGAAACAGACGGGCAGGUGCAGGUGGUGACGGACCUGGUCACCUGCAGCUCUACGGACGUGGACGUGGUCAAGGUGUCUCCAGAUUGCACCGAAGCGCAGGUGUCUGGGAAAGAGAUGCGCGGGCGACAGUCUCUGGCGGUGAACUUCAGUUACCUGCACCUUUGGGCGCAGCUGCAGCUCACGGUGUGGGUGCCCAAACUGCAGAUCGACGUUUCGGACACGGAGCUGGGCCAGGUCAAAGGCUGGAGAGUGCCCAUCGUCACCAACAGAAGACCCACCCGAGACAGCGAAGACGACGAGGACGACGAGAAGAAGGGCAAAGGCUGCACGCUCCAGUACCAGCACGCCUUGGUGAGGGUACUGACUCACUUUGUGGCGGAGCCGUCGGACCCCGGUGGAGAGAUGGUGUACAUGCUGGGGCCCGACUGGCAGGCGGACCUCACGCACUUAGUCCAGGACCAGCUGAAGGUGGAAGAUCCUCACAUCGUCAAACUGAUCGAUGGAAGGAUCCUGGUGGGACGAGACGAGGGGACGACCAACAUCCAGGUUUGGUCCCCACUGUCCGACACCAUCCUGGCGGAAAAGUCCAUCACUGUGUCGAACGAUAAGGUGACCAUCUCUGACAUGGGCGUCCAGCUGGUGUCCGCUCUCUCUGUGAGUUUGAGCGUCAGUCCUGGAAACAGCCGGGCCAUCCAGCUCACGACCAGCGCCACGGACCUGCUGCACGCCCCCAAACAGGAGGCGAUGAUCAGCGCCUGGAUCCAGUACAGCGACGGUUCAGUCACUCCGCUCGAUAUCUACGAUCCCAAAGACUUCCUCCUGUCCGCGGUGUCCCUGGACGAGAGCGUCAUCUCCAUCAACAACAUGGAGCAUCACUGGCCUGUGGUGGUGGCCGAGGGUGAUGGACAGGGGGCGCUGGUUCGUGUCGAGAUGGUUAUCUCCGAAACGUGUCAGAAAACCAAGAGGAAGAGCGUGCUGGCGUCUGGGAUCGGUAAUGUGCUGGUGAAGUUUGGAGCAAAGCCUGAGGAAAGAGGAGGAGCAGGAAGAGGAGGAGCGGAGGACAGAGUGGACAACACCACGAGUGACCAGAGGAGCAGAGAGGAGGAGUGGAAGGCCAACAGUGUGUCUGCAGACCGAGAGGAGGGCGCCAUGAGGAAGUUCAGCACAACGACCAAGAGCACCGUAACGCAGCGCUCUUCUGGAGGUAAAGCUGGAGCGGGUCGAGGGUCCGGGCAGUCGGGGGAGUCCGGUAACCCCGCCCAGGUGGAGGUGCCCAGAGCGGGGGGCAGUGAGCUGAGCCACCCCACCAGAGGCUUGUCCGACCUGGAGAUCGGGAUGUACGCUCUGCUGGGCGUCUUCUGUCUGGCAAUACUCGUCUUCCUCAUCAACUGUGUCAGCUUUGCCUUCAGGUACCGUCACAAACAGGUCCCAGUACUAGAAGCUGGAGGCAACAUGAACCACGCCCACGACUGGGUUUGGCUGGGCAAUGAGGCCGACAUUUUGGGCGACCACUCGGACCAGUGCCAGGCCGGGCUGCCGGACGAGUGCACCACCAUCAUCGACCGGACGGAGGGCACCUACGAGGAGAGCAAGUACCUGCUGAACGGGGCGGAGAACACCCUGAUGAUGGGCGUGGGAGGGGGGAUGGGCACUCUCCCCGGUGGGUCCAGCGUCCACCGGGGCAUGAGUCACAGACAGACUUUACCUCGGUCGGGCCCAGAGCCGCACCAGUGCCUUUCAGCCAUCACCGCCAGUGGAAAAGACACUGCGAACUCAGCCGAGCACCUCAAUAACUCCCCUCGAGCCGCCUCUGCUGCGGCGGUCGCGGCCGCUAAACGCAAACGUGUCAAGUUCACGUCUUUUGCCACAGUUCUGCCCAACGACAACUCGGGCAGCAGUGGAGUGUACGCCAACACGACGGGCCUGAUGUCCAACGGGAGCGAGGACGACAUCAAGUGGGUGUGCCAGGACAUGGACCUGGGUCAGUCUGAAAUCAGAACCUACAUGGAGCGGCUACAAGACAAUCUGUGACUGUCCGAACAAACUGCUGGGUCAGCGGAGACGACGGGAGACGACGGACAAUGAUUACAAUUCACCUGUAAUGCCUUUGACGCGGGUGGAGUGGCAGCAGUGAGCAGGGUUAGACGG